AUGGAUAAAGCUUGGGUCUGGUUGCCAAGGGCUAGUCUUGAGUAUGAACAAGGGGCAACUACAUUUGUGUAUGACUCAGCAAGGAAACUGGGUAAUGUUGCUCACAUGUUCUGUCCGUGUAUUGAUUGCCGGAAUGUUUGCCAUCAACCGAAUGGGACAGUGUUGGAUCAUCUGGUCAUAAAGGCGAGUGAAUGUAAUGAAGCUUUGUCUACGGGUCAGAAUGGAGACCAGUCUGGAUGUGAUGACAAUGGUGAAGAAUCUGAGUUUAGGAAAAAGUUGGAGGAUGCUGAAACUCCACUUGAUCCGUCGUGUCUCAACUACACGAAGGUUUCUGCACUUAUGGGACUUUACCGCAUCAAAGUGAAGAGUGGUAUGUCAGAGAACUUCUUCGACCAGCUUCUGAUGCUAGUUCAUGACAUGCUACCUGAGAACAACGUGCUUCCUAAGUCGACUGAUGAGAUGAAGAAGUUCUUGAAGGUUUUUGGUUUUGGUUAUGAUCUCAUUCAUGCCUGCAAGAAUGACUGCAUCCUUUUUCGGAAAGAGUAUGAGGAUCUGGUCAGUUGUCCGAGGUGUAAGGGUUCAAGAUGGGAAAGAGACAAGCACACUGGUGAGGAGAAAAAAGGGAUCCCUGCAAAAUUCUUAAGGUAUUUUCCCAUCAAAGACAGAUUUAAAAGGAUGUAUAGGUCGAAACGAUUAGCUGAGGAGUUGCGUUGGCAUUUCACUAAUGCUACUGAAGAUGGUACAAUGAGGCAUCCUGUUGACUCAUUGACUUGGGUUCAAGUGAACGACAAAUGGCCAGAGUUUGCAGAUGAAGCGAGAAACCUGAGACUAGGUCUCUCUACUGAUGGGAUGAAUCCUUUCUCCAUUCAGAACACCAAGUACAGUACAUGGCCGGUUUUGCUUGUGAAUUACAAUAUGGCUCCAACGAAAUGUAUGAAGGCGGAGAAUAUGAUGCUGACUAUGUUGAUUCCCGGACCAACAGCACCAAGCAAUAACAUAGACGUCUACUUACAGCCACUGAUAGACGAUCUCAAAGAUUUAUGGAAUGAAGGUAUGGAAGUUUAUGAUGCAUUUUUGAAAGAGAGAUUUACACUUAAAGCUAUGUUGUUGUGGAGCAUCACUGUUUAUCCCGCCUUAGGAACAUUGGCUGGAUGCAAGGUGAAAGGAAAACAAGCCUGUAAUGUAUGUGGGAAAGAUACACCACAUAGGUGGUUGAAGUUUAGUAGGAAACACAUGUAUAUGAGCAAUAGGAAAAGACUACAGCCUGGUCAUCCUCUCAGACGCAGAAGAAGCUGGUUUGACAAUACGGUUGAGACUGGUUCUGCAAAUAGGAUCCAAAGUGGAGUUCAGAUACAUGAAAUGUUGAAAGACUUCAAUAAUGAUUUUGGGAUUCCUCUGAGUAAGAAAAGUAAGAGAAAAAGAGCAGAGAUAAGCAACGAUGAGGAGAUUCAACAAGAAGAAGAACUUGGGGAGGAAUCUGAUCUAUUGUAA